AUGAGCUCCCUUACUCUUACUUCUGAACAACUGGACCACUACCGCGAAAAGGGUUAUUUGACCCUUCGCGUUCACGAGCACAACAUUGUCAAUCCUGACGACCUCAACGCAUGGGAGGCGGAAGUGCACCAGUGGCCGCGGGUGAAGGGCAAGUGGAUGCCGUACGAUGAGAUCAAUGCAAAUGGCGAAAGGCAAUUGAUGCGCACGGAGAAUUUUGUUGACUAUCAUGAGGGAUGGAAGAGUUUUGUUUGCGGGAAAGACCUGACGUGGUUACUACAACAGUUAUCUGGUGAAGAAAUGCUCCUAUUCAAAGAUAAAAUCAACUACAAACUUCCCUUCGGGAAUGGCUUCCAGGCCCAUCUAGACGCCCCGGCCUACGACCACAUCGGCCGCAUCGAACAUAUCACCGCCAACGUCGCCAUCGACGCUGCAACAUCAGAAAAUGGCUGUCUGGAGGUCGUUCCCAGCUCACACAGGAUGAAUGUCGAGCUUCAGAAUGGCGGGCACAUUUCGGAAGCCUGGGAGCGUGCACAGGAUUGGGUGCCCGUUCCGCUAGAUAGAGGGGAUAUGUUGAUUUUUGGAAGCCACCUGGCACAUCGGUCGGCGAGGAAUAAGACGAAUGUGAAGAGAGCCAGUUUAUAUGCGACCUAUCAUAUGCUGUCUGACGGAAAAGACUUGAGGAGCAAGUAUUAUGCGCAUCGGAGAGCUCAUUUCCCGCCUGAUCAUGAGCGCGAACCAGGUGAAAGCUAUGAAGAAGGCUUCAAAACAUACGGAUUCGCUGCUCCUUUUUCCAAGCCGGAUGCAACUGCUAUCCCUGCUGCCAGUAGCCAAACGGUCGUUUAA